GGGUGGGAUAAGCGAGGCGGCCGGCCCGGCGGGCAGGAAACGGGAAGUCUUGUCCGCCAGUUCUCUGUGGCGCUCGUCUGUCCGAGAUCAGGGGAGGAGUGACGCCCCGCGUGCGGGCAGGUGGACCACUGGUGGAGGGACUGGGGCCAGGAGGUGGCCCUGCCGAAUUGACCUCGGAGAAGGCUGAGUGGGGAAACCAAUGAGCAGCUCCGAAACAAUGUCAUACCCAGGCUAUCCCCCCACAGGCUACCCACCUUUCCCUGGAUAUCCUCCUGUGGGUCAGGAGUCGUCCUUCCCCCCUCCGGGUCAGUAUCCUUAUCCUAGUGGGUUUCCUGUAAUGGGAGGAGGUGCCUACCCAGCAGCACCAAGUAGUGGCUACCCAGGAGCUGGAGGCUACCCCGCCGCAGGUGGUUAUCCAGCCCCUGGAGGCUAUCCUGGUGCUCCGCAGCCAGGAGGAGCUCCAUCCUAUCCUGGAGUUCCUCCAGGCCAAGGGUUCGGAGCCCCGCCAGGUGGAGCAGGCUUUUCUGGCUAUCCACAGCCGCCCUCCCAGUCUUACGGAGGUGGCCCAGGGCAGGUCCCACUACCUGGUGGCUUUCCUGGAGGACAGAUGCCUCCUCAGUACCCUGGAGGACAAGCUCCUUUCCCUAGUCAGAUCAAUACAGAGUCCUUUCCUUCCUAUCCUGUUUUCUCUCCUGUUUCUUUGGAUUAUAGCAGUGAACCUGCCGCAAUGACUCAGGGAACUCAAGGAACAAUUCGACCAGCUGCCAACUUCGAUGCUAUGAGAGAUGCAGAAAUACUUCGUAAAGCCAUGAAGGGUUUUGGGACAGACGAACAGGCAAUUGUGGAUGUUGUGGCCAACCGUUCCAACGAUCAAAGGCAAAAAAUUAAAGCAGCUUUUAAGACCAUGUAUGGAAAGGAUUUAAUUAAAGAUCUCAAAUCAGAGUUAAGUGGCAACGUGGAAGAACUGGUCCUUGCCCUGUUCAUGCCAACUACAUAUUAUGAUGCCUGGAGUUUACGGAAUGCAAUGAAGGGAGCAGGAACUCAGGAACGUGUAUUGAUUGAAGUUUUAUGCACAAGAACUAAUCAGGAAAUCCAAGAAAUUGUCAGAUGUUAUCAGUCAGAAUUUGGACGAGACCUUGAAAAGGACAUUCGGUCAGAUACAUCAGGGCAUUUUGAACGUUUACUUGUAUCCAUGUGCCAGGGAAAUCGUGAUGAGAACCAGAAUGUGAACCACCAGCUGGCUCAGGAAGAUGCUCAACGUCUCUAUCAAGCUGGCGAAGGGAGACUGGGGACAGAUGAAUCUUGCUUUAACAUGAUUCUUGCCACAAGGAGCUUUCCUCAGCUGAGAGCUACCAUGGAGGCCUAUUCCAGGAUGGCUAAUCGAGAUUUGUUAAGCAGUGUUGGCCGUGAGUUUUCCGGAAAUGUUGAGAGUGGUUUGAAGGCCAUCCUGCAGUGUGCCCUCAACCGCCCGGCCUUCUUUGCUGAGAGGCUCUACUAUUCUAUGAAAGGCGCUGGCACAGAUGACUCCACCCUGAUCAGGAUCGUGGUCACUCGAAGUGAGAUUGAUCUUGUACAAAUAAAACAGAUAUUCUGUCAGAUGUACCAGAAGACCCUGGGCACAGUGAUUGCGAGUGACACGAGUGGAGAUUACCGAAAGCUGCUUCUAGCCAUCGUGGGCCAGUAGGAGGGAGUUUUUUUUAAAUGAAUGAAGCUAUUCAGAGCUUAUCCUUCAGAGCAGUGACUGACCAGCAUGCAGCAAUAUCAGCCAUCAUCUAACCAAGAGCUUUUUAUUAAAGACUGUGUCAGGGUUGUGCUUGGUUUGCACAUGUGUUUAUUGCCUUAAUUCCAAUGUUAUUUUUUUCCUCUAUAUACAAUCAGUGUAAAGCCAUAUCAUAAUGAUGUAGUAUUAAUGCAGUAUUUGUAAAACAUAAUUUUCUCACUGCUGUUAUCACGAUACCAAAUUAAAUAAAAAUCACAACA